GGUUAGAACAUGUUCCGGUCUGAACUGCAUGGGAUAAUUUAAAUGUAUCCGUGUUUCCAUAAAAAUUAAAAUGUUUCGACCGGCAAGAAGCCUAUUAGUGGCAUUAAAUCGCAUCAAAGAAUGUCGUGCGGUGCAAACUAGUUGUCAGAAUUUAGCAGAAAUCACAGAAUAUCAAUCUGUUAUUACUGAUGAGUACAAAAGGGGACCUGCUGAAGGCAGGGCCCUUUAUUUGGACGCACAAGCAACUACACAAUUGGACCCACGUGUAUUGGAUAAAAUGAUGCCUUAUUUUACAUCCUUUUAUGGGAAUCCGCAUUCCAGAACUCAUAUGUAUGGAUGGGAAACAGAAACAGCUGUGGAACUUGCUCGUAAUCAAGUGGCUAAUUUAAUUGGUGCAGAUACGAAGGAAAUAAUAUUUACAUCUGGUGCAACAGAAUGUAAUAACAUAGCUGUAAAGGGGGUGGCAAGAUUUUACAAAGGAAAAAAGAAUCAUAUUGUGACAACGCAGACAGAGCACAAGUGUGUAUUAGAUUCCUGUAGAGCUUUACAGGCAGAAGGAUUUAAAGUGACUUAUCUGCCAGUGAAACCCAAUGGUCUCAUUGAUCUCAAUGAAUUAGAAGCUGCAAUUAAACCUGAGACUUCUCUAGUGUCUGUAAUGAUGGUAAAUAAUGAAAUUGGUGUGAAACAACCUAUUGCAGAGAUUGGUGCUAUUUGCAGGAAAAGGAAGGUAUUUUUUCAUACAGAUGCAGCUCAAGCUGUUGGAAAAGUUCCAAUUGACGUUAAUGCUAUGAAUAUUGAUUUAAUGUCAAUUAGUGGUCAUAAGAUAUAUGGCCCUAAAGGAAUUGGAGCUUUAUAUGUGAGGAGAAGGCCAAGAGUUCGUGUUGAAGCAUUGCAAAGUGGCGGUGGCCAAGAGAGAGGUAUGAGGAGUGGUACUGUUCCAGCACCUUUAGCUGUAGGUCUUGGAGCAGCUUGUGAGUUGGCACAAUCAGAAAUGGAAUAUGAUCACAAAUAUAUCACAAUGCUCUCCAACCAUUUAAUUAAAAAAAUAAUGUCAAAUUUGCCACAUGUUAUACGUAAUGGGGAUGCUGUUUAUUGGUAUCCUGGAUGUGUGAAUUUAUCCUUUGCAUAUGUGGAAGGUGAAUCUCUGUUAAUGGCACUGAAAGACGUUGCCUUGAGCAGUGGUUCCGCUUGUACUAGCGCUAGUUUGGAGCCUAGUUAUGUAUUAAGAGCAAUUGGUGCGUCGGAAGAUCUAGCACAUUCCAGCAUUAGAUUUGGUAUCGGUCGUUUCACGACGAUCGAGGAGGUGGACUUCACCGCGGAAAAUACGAUCCGGCAUGUAAAAAGGCUUCGGGAAAUGAGUCCAUUGUGGGAAAUGGUUGAAGAGGGAAUUGAUUUACAAACUAUCAAAUGGACUCAGCACUAGGGACUUUCAACCACAUAAACUUGACUCGUAUUAUGUAUAUAGCAUGGAUUAAGUAUAAAUUUUUAUUUAAACUUGUUUCCUUGUGGAAAGUUUAAAAUUUACCGUAAUUGUGUAUAAAUUUCAUGUUAAUAUUCCCUCUCUACCCUCA